AUGGCCAAUGAGCGUCCACCAAGUUUUUUUAUAGAAGAACUUAAUACAUACUGUCAGAAGCACAGCUUGGUACUUAGGUAUUACGAACUGUCUAAGGAAGGACCUGCACAUAACUUAAAGUUUACAUUUCAAGUUACCAUAAAUGAGAGAAAAUAUUCAGAAGCGGAAGGUAAAUCAAAGAAGGAGGCCAAAAAUGCUGCAGCCAAAUUAGCUAUUGAAAAACUUAAUAAAGAAAGCAAGGCAGUUAGUUCUUUAUCACCGACAACAACAGAUUCUUCAGAAGGAUUAGGCGGAGGAUCCACUGAGAAUUUCAUAGGCCGUAUGAAUAGGCUUGCCCAGAAGGAAAAACUGUCUGUAAAUUAUGAACAAUGUGAAUCGAAAGAAUAUGGGCCAGAAAGAUUUUACUAUAGAUGCAAAAUUGGGCAGAAAGAAUAUGAUGUUGGUGGAGGUGCUACCAAACAGGAGGCAAAACAGAUGGCUGCUAAAUUUGCAUAUGAGCAGAUACAAUCAGAGAAAACCUUAAUGAAAGAUGAAGAAUCAAGUGAUUCUUGGACUACUUCACCUAGUGACUUGGGAAGCAACACUUCGGUGAGAAGCAUAUCUGCUUCUAAAUCACCACUUGAAAAUGAUUUCUCACCAAAUGCACCAGAAGGAAAUUGUAACAGCAACAGUGUAAACAAUUCUUCAUCUCCUCUGAGCAGUGUCAGAAGUAGUGAAAAGAAGGUGAAAAGAAGUUUGGCACCUAACUUUAACUCUCCUGUGACCAAAGAAAACAAGUACACUGUGGACGUCAGGUUUGCUUGUGAUUUUACAGACAUAACACCGAUUGGCUCGGGCGGAUACGGUCAGGUUUUCAAAGCAAAGCACAAAAUUGAUGGGAAGACUUAUGUUAUUAAACGUGUUAAAUAUGAUACAGAGAAGAAGGUAGAGCGUGAAGUAAAAGCUUUGGCAGCACUUGAUCACCCAAAUAUUGUUCACUACUAUGGUUGCUGGGCUGGGAAAGAUUACCAUCUUGAGGACAGUGUAAAUUCUUCAAGAGCAAAGAUUAAGUGCCUUCUCAUCCAAAUGGAAUUCUGUGAUAAAGGGACAUUGGAGGCAUGGAUUAACAACAGAAGAGGCAAGAAACCAGACAAACGUUUGUCUCUGGAAUUAUAUGAACAAAUAGCAGCAGGUGUGGAGUAUAUACACGGCAAACAGCUAAUUCACAGAGACCUUAAGCCAGGUAACAUAUUUUUAGUAAAUACAAAACACAUAAAGAUUGGAGACUUUGGACUUGUGACAUCCUUGAAAGACUGUGCAAAUCGGACAAGUAAUAGAGGAACUUUUACAUACAUGAGUCCAGAGCAGAUUUCUUCACAAGAAUAUGGAAAAGAAGUGGAUAUCUUUGCUUUGGGGCUAAUUCUUGCAGAACUUCUUUACAUAUGUCCCACUUUUUCGGAAACAAUAAAGAUAUUUAAAGACCUAAGGACUGACAAGUUCCCAGAUGUGUUUGAUGUCAGAGAAAAAAUUCUUCUGCAGAAAUUAUUGGCACAUGAUCCCACGAAGCGACCUAAUGCAUCUGAAAUACUGGAGACUUUGAAGGAGUGGAAGAAUGUUGUGAAAAAUGAACGAAGCACGUGGUAG